CCCCCUUCCUCCACCACCACCUCCUCCACACACCCACUCCUCCCCACGCCCACAGCCAACCAUGGAGACUAUCUCCCUCCACAGACACAGCACAACGGAAAGGUGUGCUUUGGGCGCGCCACCUGUCUCGCAGGACAGGUGCUAGCCAGUGUCUCGCAAAUGUGUCUCGACCGUGCCAUCUGCCUGCUGGGACACGUGAAGGAUAGUGUCAAACAGGAGGGUGUCCAACUAUCAGUACCUGUGGUGCCCCUUGACGCUCACCGCCGCCACUCCUUCCUCCACCAUCACCAUCACCACCACGAUGAUGACGAUGACGACUACUCCAUCACCACCACCAACACUGGAGCAGGUGCAGUGGCCAAUAGUGGUAGCGGCUUGUGUGGUAAGCGCCCUCAGGCCAUACCAGCGUCUGAGAGCUUCAUUGGGGGCCCCGGAGAUCUGUUUAGGGGGUGUUACGGGGCCCUGGACCCCACAAAGAGGGCCGGCCGGCCUGCUGCUGCAACGCUGCCUCCCGCCCCCAUACUGGAGGGCCAAGAACAUGGCCCGUCUUAUUAAGGAACAGAAAAGGAAGUUGUUUCACACGCCUCUAUACGACUCAGACGUGGCCCUCAAGAAGCUUUACAUCCAGACUGUGAGACGGCUUCCUUCCUUCGCCUGCAACCUACACCACGUGAAGGAACUACUUCGAGGCAAGACCAGUAAGAAGGCGUCCCGACUCCUUGGUAUCGGCAGUAACAACAUCGUUCUCCUGGACACCAAGACCAAGAUUCUGGCCAAGGCUCAGAACACCCACGACCUCCUUCAGUGGAGGACAGGUGGUGGUCGUUCCCAUGAUCGUCUGGUGCUGGAGUUCCGAGGGACCAAGUGGACCUUCAGCGUUGGGUCCACUGCUAGUCUGACGGACCUGGGACGUGCCCUCUGGUCCAUCCUACAGAGUGAGGAUCCUUUACCCUUCACCACCCCACAACAAGGACAGCUAACAUCCCACAGGACAGGUACAGAGUUGAUUCGUCAUGGAGUAGGGAUGGGCAUGUUGUACUCCGAUGAGCUGGAGGGUCUUCAGAAGCUCCUACACUUCCCUGAGGAGGUGGCACUCAAGUUGACCAAGGUGGAGUACGAGCUGUAUUACCGAGUGCCUCCCAUCGCCUACGUCCGUCAUGUGACCAGCGACCUGCGACCUUAUCCUCGCGGCCAACACUUCUCCGCCUCUACCACCGUCGCUGUGGCCCACCUGACGAAGAGGUUCAAGGAGGUAUCAUCUUGGAUUACCCACGUCAUAGUAUCCCAGCCGACGCACGAGGAUAGAAAAGCAGUACUCUCCUGUAUACUGAGAGUCGCUCUGUCUUGCUGGAACCUGGCCAACUUUAACGGGGCGAUGGAGAUCAUUACUGGGCUGAAGUCAGAGAAGCUUAAACCAUUCUGGCUAAGCUUAGAAAAUGAGCACCUGCCUGUGUUGGACUUCCUGACUGGUGUACUACUGGGAGAGAGUGUGGCGGAGUAUGAAGCCGCCUUAGACCGAGCACUGAUGCUGCCGGAGUGUCGCGUUGUUCCCUUCUUUGGCUCCUUCCUGAGGGACCUGACCAAGAUUCUCCAGUCAACUCCGUCACUCGUUGUCUUGGCCGAAGAUGGACAAGAGGUUGAGUUUAUAUCAGACUACUGUGGAGAGGACAGCUUCUUCACGCGUAUAGGUCCUGGCGGUCUCAUCAACAUGAACAAGGUGUAUGAGGCUCAGGUGGUGGUGGAGAGAAUAGCAACAUUUCAUCAGCAUUAUGUUGCUCGAUCAAACUACGAGGCACAAGCUGUUCUGAAGGAGUCUCUCAGUAUGGUGAGUAGUGGCUGCCCUGGUAGUGAGGUGGGAGGAGGAGAAUUAGAUGACUACCAUCCCGUACAGCUGCUCAGUAAUGAUCACGGUGUAACCCUCAUUCCUCUGCCCAGGACCACAGUUGGCCUCGACCUUCACACACUACAGAUCCUGCACCACGGCACCACUGUAGUCCACUGGGACCCUGAGAGUGGACGCAACUGUCUGGUGUACAUGCGACUAGAGCGCAGUAAUGGUACACUCACGUGGUGCCGGCCACCGUGGUCGGCCCUCAGAGCUGGACACUCCUCCUCACAACCAGACUACACCCUUGGAGCCAACCCUGAAGAUAGUGUUUCUCCGGGACUUUUGUUAAUGUAUUCAACAUCUCCAGAGCUAAGUGGUGGUACUCCUGAAGAAGGUUUUAUUCAGAUCGCCUGUCUGAAGGAAGUUGAGCCAAGUGUACGAGAUGCCAACUUCUCAGCCGUUGCCAGAAGGUACUUCCUGGAGAACUCACAAGCAUCGGAUCAUUGUGUCACACUCAUAUAUGGUGCCAACCUUGCUGACAACCGCAUCAUGGUGUUGGUUGCUCCGCCCUCUGUUGCCAAACUAUGGUGUCAAGGACUGCAAGUAUUAGUUCGUGCCCAAAGGCGGCUGGCAAGUGUCAGUGAUAAGCGACUCUAUUGGCUAAAAGAACAAUACUUGAAGCUCUAUUUUGAGGACGAAGCUUGUAGUGGUCCCAAACCUGCUGAAGCAAUUAAGAUCUUUGGUGGGAGAAACUGGGUAACAUCUACUGCUGGCAGUAUGUCCCCCCAAGACCCAGUGGCAGCCAAGAGAGGUUCUGGCUCAACUAGGCUCAAGAAAUUAAAAUCUCAAGCAACUAUAAAUGUUGCAAAAGAUGGUACAAAGAUUGCUGAUGAGGUCAGAGUAGCACCGUCCCCAGCGCUCUCAACGACCAGUCGACGCACAAUUAUUCCUCCUGCUCAUCCCUCUCCGCCUCGCUCACGGUCCUGUGACACUACCUCUGAACAUUUGAUUGGUCCGGUUACACACGCACCUCACAUACAUUCUCCGGCAAUUCCCAGAGCCUCUUACGAUCUCGCUACUGGUCUGCCGUCUCCUCCACAACAAGCCAUUGGAUAUAGAGAGCGCAGUCGAUCCAGCGGUACCGGAGAGUUCGUGACUCCUGCGCCUCGAGGGUUCCGGGGCGAGUCAAUCACACAGGGUGCUGAAUUGGACUUUACCGAUUUUGUGGUGCUGUACAAGUCUUUUAGUCUUCGGGCGCGGAAGGAUCUCAGAGACGUGUUUAAGACUCUGGCUGUAACAAGAAAAAGUCUUUCGGAUAGUUCUCUUGAGGACCCCACAAGCCCCACCUCACCCCCUAGUCCUACUCACCGAGCUCCUCUUGCUAAACCCACGCUUGGUCUCCUCACCAGGAAUACCUCACUCGAUCUUCUAGUCUUCAGAAAUAAUUGUCAAAAGAAAAGGAUUUUUGAUGCCGUUGCAGCAGCAAGUAUUGUUACAAACUGUGCUGGUGUGGAAAGUUCUAAGAGCCAGGUUAUUACAAUGUUGGAACUACAAAGGUUUCUUGAGGAACAUCAGGGAGAAAUUCGUACUGACGGUGAACUGCGGGUACUUCUGGAUCGCCAUGAACCUGACCCCUCAUUAAGAUCACAGGAGUUGAUGUCGUUUGAAGGCUUUGCAAGGUUUAUGAUGGAUGAAGAUAAUUAUGCCUUCCUGGACGAACGUAUACUGCCCGAUGAUGAUGACAUGACGAUGCCUCUAUCAAAUUAUUAUAUUGCAUCUUCACACAAUACUUAUUUAACUGGACAUCAACUAAAAGGGGAAUCUUCAGUUGAGUUAUAUAGCCAGGUGCUGUUGACUGGAUGUCGUUGCGUAGAGCUGGACUGCUGGGAUGGUGAUGAUGGAACCCCUAUGAUAUAUCACGGCCAUACCUUUACAACAAAAAUUCCUUUCAGAAGCGUUGUGGAGACCAUCAACCACAGCGCCUUUGUUACAUCGCCCUACCCAGUCAUUCUGUCCAUUGAGAAUCACUGUUCCCUGCUGCAACAGACGAGGAUGGCCCAGAUCUUCAUGCACGUCUUUGGGGAUAAAUUAGUGACAAAGUUCUUGUUUGAGUCGGAUUUUUCUGAAGAGGUUCACCUGCCAAGCCCCUCUCAGCUGAAACACCGGAUCUUGAUCAAGAAUAAGAAGUUGGUAGCAGAAGUGGCUCCAGGGUUGAGCAUCAAGGGCCUCUCAAACAGGCCAACAGGACGCACAAACUCCCUCGUCAGCAAUGCUUCUACCGGAUCACUUAACGACCCCGAGACUGAUGAAGAUGAGGAUGACGAUGAUUAUGAUGAUGAAGAACACAAUCCAUUUGAUAUUGCACAUCAUGACAGCUUGUUUGAAGAUGAAAAACAUUGCUCAGUCAUUAAGAGUGUGUCCAUGGGAACACGGACGGAAUCCCUGUCUAGUGCAGAAGGAAGUCGUUUACGACCAAAAUCCCAGAGCGAGGAGUAUAUAGACGAUGAAAUAAUUCCUCCUAAAAAGAAUAAACAAAGCAGCCAGAUAGCUAAAGAACUCUCAGAUUUGGUCAAUUAUUGCCAAGCUGUAAAGUUCCAUGGAUUCAACCUUGCUAGUCCCAGAGAAUCUGUAAAAGCAAAGAAAGUUGGUGGGAGAAAAAGUACAGUUCAGCCGCCAAUUAUUACGAAUACUCCAAUUUUAGUGCAUACACAAAUGGCUUCAGACCCCAGUCGCCUAGAACCUAUAUUACAACCCCCCAUCCUCAAGAGACCAAUGGGUGUUCAUCCAUGUUAUCAGUGUUCGUCCCUUAAUGAAAAUGCCGCCAAACGCCUGUGUCGUCGUCAGCCUCUGGAUGCCAUACAGCACACGGAAACCCAACUCAUGCGUACCUAUCCUGCCGCCAUGCGGAUCGACUCUUCAAACUUCAACCCUCUUUACUUCUGGGCAUUUGGCAUUCAGAUGGCUGCACUAAACUAUCAGACAGAUGAUACAUACUUACAUCUUAAUUAUGCUAUGUUUGAGCAGAAUGGAAGGUGUGGUUAUACUCCAAAACCAAAAGUAAUGUGGGAUGACACUCACAUGAUGUACAGAAGAUUUAAUCCAUUUGACAAAGAAUUUGAUGGACUCCAUGUAUUAAGUCUUAAGGUGAAAGUGAUUUCAGGACAAUACGUGUGCCAAAACAACUUUCAGGGAAGCCCUCAAGUGGAGGUGGAAAUCCUUGGUAUUCCUGUUGAUUGUAAUAAGUUCAAAACAAAAACUAUUCACAGAAAUUCAUUCAAUCCAAUUUGGAAUGACCCUUUUAAUAUUCGCGUCAUGUUCAAAGAUCUUGCAUUUUUACGACUGACCGUGACGGACACUGCAACGGGACAUGUGACGGCACAGCGGAUUUUACCUCUGCGAUGUUUAAGACGAGGAUAUCGCCACGUUCGUCUUCGGAAUCAACAAAAUCAACCUCUUCCAGUCUCUACUCUCUUUAUUUAUACUCUAAUGGAAGAAGAGGAAUAUGAGAUUCAGCAGCUCUCUCCAAGUCAAGACCUUACUAUAGAUUCAAUAAAGGCAAAGGAAUCGGCUGUGGAACACCAUGAUACAACACCUACAGUGCCACUCAAAAGACGAAAGUUCUUUGUGAAGAUUCACGGGGUAGUUCCGGACGAACCAUACACGGUGAUCAGCGCCACGCAGGAUUGCACCACGCGAGACGUCAUUAACAAAGCGGUAUUAAAAACUGGAAUAGGCGCCAGAAUAGAAGAUUAUAUCCUAAUUGAGGAAGUAGCCAAGGGAUGGCAAAAGAGAGGCGAUAAUCCCACCACUCAGCGGAUCCUGGACAUGAAUGAGAGGCCGCUGGAGGCUCAAUCACACUGGCAAGGAGAGGGCAAGUUUGUCCUGAAGAAAACUUCAGAUGACCCCAGCACCAGGGCGUGGCUCACCACCAUCAUGAGCACCGCGUCUAAAGAAAAGAAAAAGAAAAAUGUUGAAGGAGAACUUAAUGAAGAAGCCAAAGGUUGGGAGGAAGAGGACAACUUCCUGGUGUGUGUGUACAAUGUGUCUUCUCAGAUUCCAUACACUAUUCUGAAGGCACCCACCUCUAGCACAGCACAAGACAUUCUGGCUCAAGCGUUGGUAAAAGCUCGUCGAAUGGAAGACCCUGCCAGAUUUGUGCUCGUAGAAGAACUAGAAUAUGGUCAACUGACAGAACCGACGGGAGGAACGACGCAACGGCGCCGUUGUCCUCGUGUGGAACGGAGGAUCUUACCGGACAUUGAAAAUAUAUACAAGGUGCAGGCAGCUUGGAAAACACUGGGAAAGUUGGUGCUGAGAGAGCGAGGAGCUCCUCUGGAUGGUACUUUCAGCAGGGCGACCGCAGCUGCCUCGGCACUCAGUUUAACACUUUCGACGGCGAUAAGUCGCGUCAGCCGAUCGAGGCACUACGAACGACGACCCGUUAAAGAGACGUACAGUGAUCCGAGUGCUCUUGCCGCUCCUCACGAAAAUUUUCCCGAUCGUAGGUUCAAGAGCCUUCAUGACACAUGGAGAGCAGGUGGUUCAAGUGGUGCUCACUCUGAGGGGGAAAUUCUCUCGGACGAAGAGCAUCCUCCCUCUGACCUUCGCGCUGCUGUUCAUAAACUAAAAAAAGUCUCCCUUAAAAAGUUUCAGAGAGUGUGGAGAUAAAUAUGUGCAGCACUUAUCACAAAUUUGACUGUAUUUAAAACUCUAAACAAGUAUUGUACUUAGAGAAAAUGUUUAAUGGAAGUGAUAAUUUUAAAUAUUGAAAUUGUAUAUUGUUUUUUAAUAAUUAAUUUAAUAAUAUUGUUAAAGAAUUAUUAUUUAUGGACAUAUUUAUAUAUAGAAAAAAAAACGUGUUUCCUGUGAUCUCAAUGUUGAGAGCACCCCAAGGUGUGUUAGUGUAGUGCCGUGUCCUACCAAAGAUUGUAAUGAUUUCAAUUUUAUGAAGUCAGAUACAGAUCCCGAUCAUGUUCUUACAAUGAACGGCCAUUAAUACUUUAUAAAAACCAUUUAAGAAUAAAUAAAUCCAUGUGGAGUACUUGUUAACCAAAGUGCUGUUGCAGAGUUUGAGAGUCACCAUUUGUGUUCUGAUAAUGGACAGUUUUUGUCUUGCCUGAAAUACUAAAAGUGAUUGACUCAAGUGUAGAUAAUUUCAGUGAGAUGAAGCCAUCCAGUGUUUUUAAAAUAACACUUUUCUAAGACUAAAUCACAGUGUGAUUAGUGUACUGUAGUUGGCUGACAGGUCGAGAAGUGAGUAUAUUUAAACCACCCUAUGGAUCAAGGGACUUAUGUGUACUAAUCAUUAAUGUGAUUUUGAUGUUCCAUUUGGCCUCAUUCAGUGUGUUUACUUUUUAGUGAUGGGAGAACGGGUUAAGACGGCCUUACUGUGAGGUUUGAUAUUGGAUAAAUUAGAAUUUCUUGUAAAUAAUGUAAAUAUGAAGAUAAAGUAAUUACUAUUAUCUUGUAUAUUGUCCCCCAAAUGAAAUAUUUUGCAUAAAUACCUCUUCUUUAUCAGUGAACUUAUCCUUGUUGUACUUGAUGUAUUAUAUCGUGUAUAUAUGUGUUUUAUAGGUAACUAAGAUAUAUUACAUCUGGGUUAAUUACCUUAUGAUAAGCCACAAAUAAUAUCCAUACCAGAUUUAAUCCUGUAAACCAACAUCCUAAGCUUCUCACCAUUCUACUGUAAUCUCCCCACCAUCCUACUGUAAUCUCCCCACCAUCCUACUGUAAUCUCCCCACCAUCCUACU